AUGUCGAACCAGAGCAUUCUGAGAAUUACCCGCGAACUGGGCGAGAUCCAGCGUGGCUCCGACCUCUCCAUAGCUGUAGCCUGUCGCGAUAUCGACGUGCGCCAUGUGCGGGCACUAAUCAUCGGCCCACCUGACACCCCAUACGAGUUUGGCUUCUUCGAAUUCGCUGUCAAGUUCACCCGAGACUACCCAACAAAGGCGCCGAGUGUGACGGCUAUCACUACGCAUGGUGGGCGCACGCGUUUCAACCCCAAUAUCUAUGCGGGUGGGAAGGUGUGCCUGUCAAUUCUUGGCACAUGGCGAGGAGAGCGUGGGGAAGAGUGGUCAUCUGCCCAGGGACUCGAAUCUAUCCUCAUCUCUAUCCAGAGCCUCAUGUCCAGUAACCCAUAUGAGAACGAGCCUGGUUUCGAGGACGCCAACUCAGACUACGACAAGAAGAACCAGGAGGCAUACGUUGACAAGAUCCGUCAUGAAUCCUUACGCAUAUCAGUCAUAGACCGGCUUGAAGAAUACCUGGGCAUCAGCUGGGGGAGGUCGGGCCCAACCGUGUACAACGCGGAAGAGGACUAUCAGUCUAGCAGGGACGACGCGCCGUUUGAACCCUUCAAGGACCUCUGCAAGCGACGCUUCCUGUGGUACUACCAGUCGUAUCUGGCUCGUGUAGAUGAGGCGGCGAAGAAGAACAAGGAUGGUGAACGAUUCGAGAAGAUGCCCUUCGAGGGACCAGGCAACGCAAUGGAGGGUACAUUCCAGUACACACAACUCCGAGAGCGGCUCGUAAAGAUCUUCGAGACCCUUAACAAGGAGAUGGAGGCUUGGGCUGCUGAGGGAAUGGCCGCUGUUAGGAAGGAGAUGAGCAUCGCCAACAAUCUCCAGCGCCAGUAUGAGCAGAUCAUUGAAAAGUACAAGAAGCAAGACGCCGUCACACUGGACCUUGAUCUGGUGGACAAAAAUCCAUUCGUGUGGCAGCUGGUCCUCUUUGGCAGGCCUAUGACCAACCUUGACGGUGGCAUGUUCAGAAUCAUGCUGUACAUUAGCCCGAAGUUUCCUGAGGUCCUACCCCGCGUGAGGUUCGAGACACCAGUCCUCUACCACCAUCGCGUGUCACCUGAUGGCAUUCUCUGCUACGACGCUGCCCGUAAGGAUGACAUGCGAUCACACAUCGAGGCCAUAAUUGCUGCUAUCGAGGAGGAAUCGCCUGCAUACGACCCACGCACGCUGGUGAACCCUGAGGCUGCGAAGCUUUUCUGGGGUACACCAGAGGAGAAGAAGCUCUACAACCGCAAAUUAAGGCGGUCUGCACAAGACAGUGCUGAGAACUGUUUCUAG